AUGCUAUUAUCUUAAUGAAGCGCUUCAUGAGCUGCAGUUGACACAAGAUGUUUUGUUUUGAAAGCUACUGGAUCCACUGGGUCAGAGUCCUGGAAGCUGUCCUGAGACCUGCCUGAGGUCUUUUUGUCUCUGUUUCAGAAAGACUUCGCCUUCACAGAAACACCGAGGACCGUGUGGUUUCCAUGUUGGCCCUCUGCGAGUGCUGUAGUUUGUUUUGAACAGUUGAACAUGUUGAGCGUACGCUCGAGGUUUUGGGGGCUGCUGGUCAUCCCGCUGCUUCAUCCUGUGGUCCAGUCGUCUCUGAGACUGCCGCUCAGUGGGAGUGCUGAAAUGACCAGCCGGCCUCCCAGCCAUGCAGAGAGCACUCACCACGCAGACAGACCGGCGCCCGGCACCCCCAAGCUUCAUGUGCAGCGGUCGCUGUCGAAGGAGACCAUCACCAUCCACUUCUCAGCUCUUGGGAAAGAGGAAGAGGAGGAGGAAGAGGAGCUGUACGCCUCGGGUGCCUCGACUCCCUCCGCCGUCCCCCUUGGCGAUCCAGGCGUAGUGACGGGUUUGGAAGCGAGCGAGGAGAUGUUUGCAGGACGGCCGGACCAAUCGGACGCGGCGCGCGUCAUUCCCGAAUCAUCCAGACUUUCCUCUGCAUCCAAACCCCCGUCUCAAGGCGCCCCCGCCCAGACUCUGUCUUCAUACCUCUCUGAGCAGAAGGCCGGAGGCACCAACCCCCCUCCCACAAAGUCUCUCAGCUUCCCCUCCAGCGACAGACCCUUGCUCAGUCUGGCCAAGACUCUGUCCUCUGACAUGGAGUCUCGCGAUGGCGUCCCCUCAGCCCCGGCUCCAACGCCGAGACACCAGCAGCUCAUGAAGUCCCUGGUCAAGUCCUUGUCCUCGGACACGUCCCAGGACUCCUCGUCCUCCUCCACGCCCUACCGUCUUCCGGAAUCACGCCUUAAUCUGCAGCUCUUCAAGCAGUUCACGCACCCGCGGGUCCAGUCGGCCGCCGCGUUGUUGGUGAACGACCCUAAAGCGGUCCCGCCGUCCCCGCAGACGUCCCCGGACAACCGCAGCUUCUUCAAAGUCUCGGAGGUGGAGGCACGGAUCGAGGACACCAAGCGCCGCCUCUCUGAAGCCAUCUCCGAGCCGCUGCAGCUGCUGAGUAAGAUCAUAGACGAAAAGAGCAUCCACCGGGCCAAGGGGCUGUCUGCCAGCGCCCAGGAGCUGUCCACCAUCACGCCCGUCAACGGCCACCUGGAGAGCAACAACAACUACUGCAUCAAGGAGGAGGAGGCCGGCGAUCUGGAGGCGGGAAGCCCCGACAGCAGGACCAACACAGCAGCCGAUUCAUCCGUCAGCCCCCCCACCGACACCAAGAGCCCCAACAAGUCGUCCUCGCUUCCAGCGUCUUUGGACAACUACUCCAUGUCCGCUCUGGCCAAGCUGGAGGACGAAGACUUCUGCAUCCUGAACAGCGACGACUUUGAGGCCUGCACCGACGCAGACAGCAGAGACAGGACUGACAACACGGGGACCGGGAGUCCAACCAAAGUGCCACUGAGUGGCAGCACCGAGCCCUGCAGCGAGGACGAGUCCGAGAGCCUCCAGCCGGACCCCAGUAUCCCGUAUUACACUCUCUGCUUCCUGUCCACACUGGUCUAUCUGUGCUUUGUGUUGCCUCUUCCGAGCUACGUGGGAGGAAUGGUGCUGGGGAUCGGGCUGGGCUUCCUUUUAGCCAUCGGCGUGGUGUGGCUGACCGGACCAAAACCUUCUGGAGGCGACUUCAGACAUUCCAGACACCAGAAGAUGCUGCUGAGCCGGACCAAGCUGGACAUCAAGGAACCAGACAUUUAUAAGGGCUGGAUGAACGAGAUCCUGAACUACGACCCGGAGACGUACCACGCCACGCUCACACAAUCGGUGUUCGUCCGCCUGGAGGGCUCCACCAUCCGCCUGUCCAAACCCAACCACAACAUCGCCCGCCGCGCCACGCACAACGAGCCCAAGCCCGACGUGACCUACGUCAGCCAGAAGAUCUACGACCUGACCGGCAGCAGGGUCUACCUGGCGCCACUGAGUUUGGCCAGGAAGCGAACGUGGAACAAGAAAUACCCGAUCUGCAUCGAACUGGGCAAACAGGACGACUUCAUGUCGAAGGCGGAGGGCGACCGGUGCGAAGCGAGCGACGGCGUGAGCGCCCGGGACCGGGGAGAGGCGGCGGCGGCGGCGGCGGCCUCCACUGGCAGGGAGCUGACGCUCUUCCUGUUCGGGCGGACGGGCAGGGAGAAGGAGGAGUGGUUCCAGAGGUUUCUCUCGGCCUCCAGGAUCAAGGCCGACGUCGGGAGCGCCGCCGGCGUGGCUUCCAGUCAGAGAGAUCUGAGCUGCCACAGCCGCAGCAGCAGCCGCGGCAGCCUGGACGAGGCGCUGGCGUCGCCCUCCAGGUCGAAGGACUCCUCGUCCUCCUCGGCAACGGCGAGCAGCAGCAGGAACAAGCUCCUGCUGGACUACAGCGUCUACAUGGGCUCCUUGCUGCCCAGAGCGGCGGCGAGCAGCCCGGCGGCCACCAGCCCCGUCCUGCAGAGUCCACAGGGCCCACGGGCCAGUCCGCCGCCCGACGCCAAGCUGCAGAGCGCCGUCUCGGCGCCGGAGGACCCCAGGGGACAGGAGGAGGACACGGUUGCCUGGCUGAACGCAGCUCUGGGCCGGAUCUUCUGGGACUUCCUGACCGAGCCCUACUGGGCCGAGCUGAUCUCCAAGAAGAUCCAGCUGAAGCUCAGCAAGAUCCGGCUGCCGUACUUCAUGAAUGAACUCACCCUGACCGAACUGGACAUGGGCUCACAAACUCCCAGGAUCCUCGGGGCCUCCAAUCCCUCCAUCAACUACCGAGGUCUGUGGUUCGACCUGGACGUGUCCUACAGUGGCUCCUUCCUCAUGACCCUGGAGACCAAGAUGAACCUGAUCCGCCUGGGGAAGGAGGCGGAGAGCCUCCGCCUGGGGGAGCAAGGCAAAGACGGACCCAGGCCGCGGACCUACUGCCUGGCCGACAGCGAUGAAGAGUCGUCCAGCGCCGGCUCGUCAGACGAGGAAGACUCCUCCGACCUCUCCAGCGACUCGGCCGGAGCUGAAGGUUUGGUGGGCGGACACAAGCCCAGCAAGAUCAUGCGCUUCGUGGACAAGAUCGCCAAGUCCAAGUACUUCCAGAAGGCCACGGAGACGGAGUUCAUCAAGAAGAAGAUGGAGGAGGUGUCCAACACGCCGCUGCUGCUCAGCGUGGAGCUGCAGCAGCUGCAGGGGACGCUGGCCGUCAACAUCCCGCCGCCGCCCACCGACAGGAUCUGGUACGGCUUCCGGACGCCGCCCCACCUGGAGCUGAAGGCUCGGCCCAAACUGGGCGAGCGGGAGGUGACCCUGGCCCACGUCACCGACUGGAUCGAGAGGAAACUGGACCAGGAGUUCCAGAAAAUCCUGGUCAUGCCCAACAUGGACGACGUGUGGCUGGGCAUCAUGCACUCUGCCCUGGACCCCCGCUCGGCCGGCGGCCCCCCCGCCGGGCCCCCCGGGGACCCCGAGGGCGACUGAAGACUGUUUACAGUAUUCCCCUGGAAGUGGGACGUGGAGCCAAAGCCUGGAGGUCCGACGCGACUCCGAGUGGCUUCAGGAGCCACACUAACCACAAACUGCUGCUCAGCGCUCCGCCAUGAAGUAUCGAUCGCAGGUGAUCCUCCUCUGCAGAAGGAAUCACUGAUUAGAAACACUAUGAAGGGAGUUCAGCUCGGCCAGCCUGCAGGAGCUUCAUGGAGACGCAUUCACCAGAUACCUUACGGACGAUACCUGAUGCACACCGGACAGCCUGCAGCUGACGGCUGGCUUCAGACUGUGGACAUUCGAGGUGUUUUUAGUGAAUCCAGACGGUUCAGAUCCUCCAUGUUUGGCGUCGGUGAGUGUAGAUCACGUGAUAACUGGCAGUAUUCAGACCACGAACCCCUCCUCCACUGCCAAACCCUCCACCGUUCUUCAUGUUUUUUGUGCCAUUAAUUCCAUUAUCAGUGGAGGUUCGGUAGGAAGUGUGGCUCAGCCUGUAAAUUCCUCACUAACGUGCAUAAAGACAAUAAGUGCAAUGAUAGAAACGCUCUGGGCUUCAGUCUGCUAUAAGAUCCUGUAUGUCGGAUGAAUGUAUGUUUCUUUUUCUAUGUAAAUAUUGGCCACCCAGGUGAUUUCCACUGGGUUAUGCAAAUGAUUGCACAAAAGAAGGUUUUCUUGAUGUUUCCAACACUAUUCCCUCUUCCUGUCCUCCUGGUGGUGCAUUCGUGCCUCCAUCGCUCAUCCUGAACCGUGCUGAUGGUUUCUCCCAUCACUGGAGGCCCGUCGCUGAAGUUACGGUACGCUUUACACGAUGAAGACCGCCGCCCCCCCGUCCCUGAUCCUCUGACCAAAGCCCUCUGCUCCGCACCGCGAGCCCACCUCUCCAGGCUGUUUACAGGACGCCUCCGUCGCCUCCUCCGUUCUGCGUCGGGUUCUGUUGUUCUUCUGUUCUUUUGCGUUGAGUAUUUUAGAUCGGCGACGUGAAUGAAGGGUUGUGGCUUCAGUUGCUUUUUUUUUUUUUUUUUUGGUAUAAACCGAAUGAACUGAGAUUUUUGAGGUUAUAUGAAGAUCACAACAUGAUUUAUAUCUGUGAAUUAAUAAAGUUUUUAAAGAUUUACAUGUGGUUUUAUGGCCAAAUCCAGUGAUUAUGUGUAUCUGCCUUAUUUAUAGAGCUAAUAAAGCCGUCAUUGAGAAAGCCU